AUGCUGGACAUCACCGACCUGGUCCUGUUCACAUCCACCCUGCCCAAAGUGCUGAGCAUCUUCUGGUUCAAUUCCAGGGAGAUUGAUUUCAGGGUCUGCCUCACCCAGAUGUACUUCAUUCACUGCUUCUCAGUGAUGGAGUCUGGGAUCUUUGCGGCCAUGGCAGUGGAUCGCUAUGUGGCCAUCUGUGAUCCCCUCAGACAUUUCACCACCAUGGCAAACUGCAUGGUGUUCAAGACCGGCCUGGCCAUAGUGCUCUGCGGUGACAUGCUGGUACUGCCCUAUCCCUUCCUGACAAGGCGGUGGCCAUAUUGCAGAACCAACAUCAUCCCACAUACGUACUGUGAGCACAUAGCUGUGGUGAAGGUGGCCUGCACUGAAACCCGUGUUAGUAGUUACUACGGCCUCUUUGUGCUAUUCUCUGUGAUUGGUCUGGAUGUGUUUUUUAUCACCGUGUCCUAUAUUCUUAUCCUCAGGGCCAUCUUUAGCCUCCCCACAAAGGAUGACUCAAGACUCAAGACUUUGGGGACCUGUGUCUCCCACCUCUGUGCCAUGUUAACCUUUUACAUCCCAGUUAUCUUCUCCUCCCUCACAUACUGUUUUGGCUACAAUGUGGCCCUAUGGUUUCACGUUGUCAUUGCCAGUGUGUACCUCCUGGUGCCUCCCAUGCUAAACCCCAUCAUCUAUGGGAUAAGGACCGAACAGAUCUGGAAGUGGCUGCUCUGGCUCGUUAUUCAUAAUGGGACCUAA